AUGGGUAACCUUUGUACAUGCUGUGAUCCAUGCCGUGAUGGUCUUCGUCAAGAUUUCGAGCCAAAAAAGUUCAUUUCAAUUCCUCAUGGCUCUAAAACAGACACAAUCGAAGUAGAUUUCCACAAUUUCACGGUGGCUAGCGCGACCAAGCUCUUGCAUGAUUUAUUUGAUAGAUACAAAGAUCCAACAUAUCAUCCUGAAGUUAAGUACAUCAAUUUAAUUGUCGGCGCAGGCAACCACUGCGAAGAAGGAGCUAAAGGAAGAAAGAUCUACCCAAUAGUUUAUGAAGAAGCUAAAAACAGCUAUUCAAUGUACUCUCUCAAGGAUCAUGAAAAGAAUCAUGGUAUUGUUGUUGCUACAAGAAUCAAUGUUGCUGAAACUCCAUAA